CUUCCGGUGGCAGCGCACACAUGUCAGGUAAAGGGAGCGUGGAUUUUCGUAUAAAUAACGACUCAAUGUCUAGGUGGCUUUUAUUGCUGUGAAGCCCGAAGUAGGUGUUCCUUGACCUUCUUUGGAAUUAUCCCCAAAAUUGAGAUUUUGAGAUUUUACUAAAUUAAGAAUAAGACAUGAAGAAUUUUUUUUUCACAAUUUAAAUUUUCACAGUCACUAAGCUUUUUAAGUAGGUACAUAGGGUGGGUAGAGGCAUACGGUAGGCGAAGAGCUAGUACAAGAAUGCUUUCCUUUCUGUUUGACACAUCUGGACCCUGCCUCUGCUUUCCACCUGACAAGUAACGAUGGCGGAGGUCAUGAGGUCAUACUGUGCAGUUGGCACCUAGUCCUUCCUGAUCGGUACCAGUCCUGGACCAGGGUUUCUGUGAGCACUUCAUAGGGAGUUGUCACUCAAAUAAAUGGCCCCCAGAAGGCUACAUAUGUAGAGUCAGCAUGGAGGAUGGGGGGGCUUGUGGCACCUAAACCGGGAUGUCCUCAUGCCUGCUGAGUGUGGAUUGUAGCUACAGAGAUGCAGGUAAAACUCAGUGGAGAGCCAUCCCACUGGAGAAGAACCAGAAGACCGCUCUUGUGAUGGAAGAUGUCAUAGCACGCAUGCAAGAUGAAAAGAAUGGAAUUCCCAUCCGCACUGUCAAAAGCUUCCUUUCCAAGAUACCUAGUGUCUUCUCUGGGUCAGACAUUGUUCAGUGGUUAAUAAAGAACUUAACUAUAGAAGAUCCAGUGGAGGCUCUCCAUUUGGGAACACUAAUGGCUGCCCACGGCUACUUCUUUCCCAUCUCAGAUCACGUCCUCACACUCAAGGAUGAUGGCACCUUCUACCGCUUUCAAACACCCUAUUUUUGGCCAUCAAAUUGUUGGGAGCCAGAAAAUACGGACUAUGCUGUUUACCUCUGCAAGAGAACAAUGCAAAACAAGGCAAGGCUAGAGCUAGCAGAUUAUGAAGCUGAGAGCCUUGCCAGGCUGCAGAGAGCAUUUGCCCGGAAGUGGGAGUUCAUUUUCAUGCAAGCAGAAGCACAAGCAAAAGUGGAUAAGAAGAGGGACAAAAUCGAAAGGAAGAUUCUCGAUAGUCAAGAGAGAGCAUUCUGGGACGUCCACAGGCCUGUGCCUGGAUGUGUAAAUACCACAGAAGUGGACAUUAAGAAGUCAUCCCGAAUGAGAAACCCACACAAAACACGCAAGUCAGUCUAUGGUUUACAAAAUGACAUCCGAAGCCACAGUCCUACCCACACACCUACACCAGAAACCAAGCCUCCUACAGAAGACGAGCUGCACCAACAGAUAAAGUACUGGCAAAUACAGUUAGAUAGACAUCGAUUAAAAAUGUCAAAAGUUGCUGAUAGUCUACUAAGUUAUACAGAACAGUAUGUAGAGUAUGACCCGUUUCUUGUGCCACCUGACCCUUCCAACCCAUGGCUCUCGGAUGAUACUACAUUCUGGGAACUUGAAGCAAGCAAAGAACCAAGUCAACAGAGAGUAAAACGAUGGGGUUUUGGCAUGGAUGAGGCAUUGAAAGACCCAGUUGGGAGAGAGCAGUUUCUUAAGUUUCUAGAAUCAGAAUUCAGCUCAGAGAACUUAAGGUUCUGGCUGGCAGUGGAGGACCUGAAGAAAAGGCCUAUCCGAGAAGUACCCUCUCGGGUGCAGGAAAUAUGGCAGGAAUUUCUGGCUCCUGGGGCCCCCAGUGCCAUUAACUUGGAUUCCAAGAGCUAUGACAAGACCACACAGAGCGUGAAGGAACCAGGAAGAUACACGUUUGAAGAUGCUCAGGAGCACAUUUACAAGCUGAUGAAGAGUGACUCCUAUCCCCGCUUUAUAAGAUCUAGUGCCUACCAGGAACUUCUACAGGCAAAGCGAAAGAGAUGCCAUGAAAGGCUGCUCCACGCCGUACUUAGCCCAAGAGCCUUUGUUUAAAGCAAGCUCCUGUCCUCAAAUCUGGGGAAAUCUCUCACAUCCAAGAGGUUAACAAGCCUUGUUCAGUCUUACUAAAAGGAUCGUCUUGGUGACAUGAAAGCUGACCGGAGCCAUUGCCCAUACCUUGUAGCCCAUUGCUGUUACCUGGAGCCGGGGACAUUAGACCGAGAUGUUGCAUGAACGAAGGACCUGAAUUGUUCUCUCCUGUGUGCACACUAAGGCAUCGCCACCGCCAAGGGACUCUUUGCCACCCCAUUGCCUCCAUCUCCACCUGUCGUCUGCUUCCCUUGCCCCUCCUAUUAAGCUGGAUCUGUGUCUUUUUCCUUUUUUAACCAGUUCAAGUGAAGUAAACUUUAUUUUUCCCCCUCCUCUCCUUUUAUUAAGCUUCCGCUAGAUACACAGUUCACUGAAAAUUCAGUCAGUCACAAACUGGAAGAAUUGUAAAAGAAAAAAAAAAGUAUAUAUCAAUAAGUAUACACAUGGCUUCACAUUUAUUAAAUAACAAAUUAGCACAGAAGGUGUCCUUCCACCCUUGUAUCCACAGUCUGAAACAAAUGCCCGUCUUCGUCUGUUCUCUGGACAUUGUCUGUUCAUGUUUCCUGCGUUUAUUUUUAUACCAUAUUUAAAUGAGAAAACACCUUUUACUCCAAAUGUA